CUCCCCACGUCGGUGAUCUCAGAGCCUGCCCUCCCCUUCCUUUCUCGGAACCGCUCCCUGAUCAGGGGCGUCAGCUUCCCAGCAGAGGUGAUGGAGCCACUGUAGCAGGUGGUGCCAAUGGGAGAGAGGAGACCCGGGGACCACCGCCUACGAGGAGCCGGAGCUGGAGGAGCCGCGCUCAUGGCGUUCAGCCCCUGGCAGAUCCUGUCCCCCGUGCAGUGGGCGAAAUGGACAUGGUCCGCGGUGCGCGGCGGGGGCGCCGGAGGGGACGAGGCCGGAGGGUCGGAGGGCGACCCCGAGGAGGAGGACUCGCAAGCCGAGACCAAAUCCUUGAGUUUCAGCUCGGAUUCUGAAGGUAAUUUUGAGACCCCUGAAGCUGAAACGCCCAUCAGAUCACCUCUCAAAGAAUCCUGUGAUUCACAGCUGGGACUGGCAGGCCCAGGGGCCAAAACCCAAGAUUCACAAGAAGUGGACGAACAUCUGGUGGCAGAAGUGGUAGAAAAAUUUUCAACAGAGGCUUGUUCUAGACCCUCGGAACACGAGGUGGCUCCACGGGCUGCUGCAGACUCUUCCCCCAUCAAGGAUCUCAGAGAAGAACCUGAACACGAUGUUAGCAAAAUCUCAAUAGUGAGGCCAUUUUCCAUAGAAACCAAGAAGCCCACAGAUGUCCUGGCAGCGCUUGGAACAAAAGCAGCUCAUGGCAGCACCCCUGCUGUCUUAGGCGAGGCGGCAGCCCCCCGCUCAGUGGGUGGCACCCAGGACAAGGCGAUGACAGAGGACAAUGUGGGGGUCACGCUGGGGGCUUCCACGGAGGUCGACCUGAAGACGGGGAGCACAGGCCCGGAGCCCGCAGUUGGCAGAAGCAGGCUGAGGAAGCCCAAGCCCGUACCCCUGAGGAAGAAGGCAAUUGGCAGCGAGUUCUUGGGUUCCGACCUGGCUCUGGAGGGCACGCACCUCCCCAGGCCGUCCUGCCGGUUCGGUCCUGAUGAGGUGGCUGAGAAUUCCAGCCCUUCCCGACUAGGAGUUGCCAGGAUCCAGAAACAUCCCCCUGCAGUUAAGGAGAGGCCAGGCGUCCCUAGUAGUGACACCAACGACUCAGGGUUUGAGGUGCUUGAGGAGGCAAGGGGCUCACCUCUGAGGCUCCAGUUGGAUUUCGCAGAAGACGUGGAAGAUGCAGAGUCCAGGGAAUCCCUCCCGCAAAAACUGGGCAGGAAGCUGGGGAACAGACUGACCCCCGAGGUCAGGAAAGACUGCUCUGGGGAGCCAGUGGGUGCCAAAGAUUUGGAGUUGCUUCCAGGCCUGGCUGCAGAGGAUGCUCCCGGCCUCCGAGACUCUCCGCCGUUGGACCCCCAUCCCUGGGAAAGCCCUGGCCUUGGUCCCUUUGGAAGCCCCUCCAUCCUGCAGCACUGCCCCCCGCUCCCCUCUCAGGGCUCCUACUGCUUCGACCAGGAUGACAUUGACGAAUCCCUGGAUCCCUUUAAACCCACUCUGACUUUAACAGGCAGUGACUUUGUGUCUCCUGCCGGUAAUCAUAUCAGUGAAAUCUUAGAGUCACCCAAGAAGCCAAAGUCACGUUUAAUAACGACCUCUGAACAAGUGAAAUUUCUCUGUUUUCUGUUGAGUGGCUGUAAGGUGAAGAAAUAUGAAGCCCAGUCUCUUGCUUUGGAUGGGUGUUCUCAGGAUGAAGGAGCAGUGAUCUCCCAGAUUUCUGACAUUUCCAACAGGGAUGGCCACGCAACAGAUGAGGAGAAGCUGGCGUCCACGACCUGCGGUCAGAAACCCACCGGGGCCGAGGGGAAAGGUGAGCCAGAGGAAGACCUGGAGUACUUUGACUGUUCCCAUGUUCCCGUGUCUGCCAUAAAUCAUACGUUUUCAUCCUCAGAAGCAGGCAUGGAGAAAGAGAUGAGCCUGAAGAUGGAGAAGGAUGGAUCCACCAUGCCCGGAACCUUGGAGGCCCCGAUGGAGAAGGCUCCUGUGUCCGUGGCCUGCGGAGGGGAGAGCCCCCUGGACGGCAUCUGCCUCAGUGAAUCAGACAAGACCGCCGUGCUCACCCUGAUCAGAGAAGAGAUAAUCACUAAAGAGAUUGAAGCAAAUGAAUGGAAGAAAAAAUAUGAAGAAACCCGACAAGAAGUCUUGGAGAUGAGGAAAAUUGUGGCCGAGUAUGAGAAGACCAUUGCCCAAAUGAUCGAAGAUGAACAGAGGGCGAGUAUGACCUCCCAGAAGAGCUUCCAGCAGCUGAGCAUGGAGAAGGAGCAGGCGCUGGCCGACCUCAACUCCGUGGAGAGGUCCCUCUCCGACCUCUUCAGGCGAUAUGAGAACCUGAAAGGCGUCCUGGAGGGGUUCAAGAAGAAUGAAGAAGCCUUGAAAAAAUGUGCUCAGGAUUACUUAGCCAGAGUUAAACAAGAGGAGCAGCGGUACCAGGCCCUGAAAAUCCAUGCGGAAGAAAAACUAGACAAAGCCAAUGAAGAGAUUGCUCAGGUUCGAACAAAAGCCAAGGCUGAGAGCGCUGCUCUGCAUGCGGGGCUCCGGAAAGAGCAGAUGAAGGUGGAGUCCCUGGAGAGGGCCCUGCAGCAGAAGAACCAAGAAAUCGAAGAACUGACGAAAAUCUGUGAUGAGCUGAUUGCAAAGCUGGGAAAGACAGACUGAGUACCCCGGUUAGCUCAGCAGAUCUGCAUUUGGCUGCUUCUCUCGUGACCAUGAUUAUCUUGCCUUAUCCAGGAAUAAUUGCCCCUUUGCAGAGAAGAGAAAAAAAAGAAAAAAAAAAAAAAAAAAAAACUUCACGAAAGCACAUGCCUACUGCUGCCUGUCCCGCUUUGCUUUUGAAGCAACAGCCCGGAGGGAGCUCUGGAGUUUGCACAACCACCAAAGGAGGGGCUCGCCUGGCCAUCCCGUCUCGGUUAGACGGGCUGCCAAGGCCACUGGGAGUUCUCCAUCUUUAGUUGGAUUUAAAGUUGUCUUUACUUUCCCCAAGUGCAUUCAGUUUAUGAGUUUGUGGCCACCUUUGGGACCCUCUCCUGUCCACCACCUGAUUUUUUUUUUAAUUCAUCUUUUAAAUUUCAUUCUCAGUAUGAGUGGUUUUAUUUGAGGAGAUAAAUUGGCUUCUUGUUACUUCCAGCUUAUAGGCAAGAAGGGACUCUGAUACCCAUUUAUGCACACGCUCACACACACAUACAAGCAAGCUCUCACACAGGUGCACACACUCACGCGCAUACACACGCUCACGCGCACACGCUCACACAUACACAUAUAUGCUCUCACACAGGCGCACAUGCUCUCUCUCUCUCUCACACACACACACGUGUUUAUUUGUGCUGCUGGGUCUUCUCCCCUAAAGCAUAGUCAGAUAAGACCAUCUCUAGAGAAAAGCGUGUUUCCAUAAAUGUAAAACCCUAUUUUGAAACAGAGUCCUGGCUCAGAAGGCUAACUUCAGAAUUUGGGGGUUGGAGCUGUGAGGCCCUGAGACUUGGUACCUGGUGUGACUUGUCACCUCAGACUCAGGUGACAUGUUGAGGGAGCCUGUUGGCCCACAUGUCCUGUCACCCCAGUACUGGGACGCUCCUCAGCCUGGAUGUGUAGCCCCUUUGGGGUUAGACGGCCAAGCCAGAGUGACUGGCUUUCUGGACCGUGGUUCCCUCACAGCUGGGGUCUGGCAAGUCUGUCCUGGAGCCAUCUGUCUCCUUUUGUUGCUACAAAAUCAACAUUCACUCUCUCUUUAUAUUUCUAUUUGAAAUAGGCAAAGAAAACCUCCUCAUUUAAGGUUUAGAUGGAUCUGUCUUAUGACCCCACUAGCAAUUAUGAGGUGAAGCAAUGGUUGGAUUUUUGCAAAUGUGAUGCAUUAUUCUUCAGGUUUUAGUUUUUUGGGUUUUUUUUCUUUUCAAAGGCCAAAAAAAAAAAAAAAAAAAAAUCCUUUCAAACUCAGUAGAAUUUGUAACAAAAACAGGCAGGAAAAAAUUCAUGUGAACCACUCCAAAAAUUGGCACAUUUUGAAUAUUUUUAAGCCAAGGCUAUUUGAGUACUGAGGAAGGUGGGUGCAGUGAGCAGCAACCCCACCCCCUACCAAACCAAAUUCUUCUAGCUGUUCUCAGACUCCCAUUCAGAGUGGCGGGGACCCUUGACCCCGGAAUGGAGAUUUCCCGUCUACCCAGUGUACCCUCCCAUUUGACAGGCAAAACCAAAUCCACGCAGGUGUUUUCAAGCACUCUUUUGUCUUAAUCCGAACACCCUGACCGUCUUCAUGGUGAUAAGCGCUAUCUUCGGUACACGUAAGUUCUCGUACUUUUCUCGUGAACUAUUGCAUGAUCCACCUUCAGCAAUGACCUGUGCCUAGUGGAGACCCUCCGUAGCUCUUUAAAGGUGACCUUUUUUCUUUAGCCUGUGCUAUUCACACGGGUGCAAUCUUUAGCCCCAGGGAGGUCAGUAAAGUCUUUUGAAGCCAGAAGUCCCGUUUUUUUUCCCCCUAUAUGCAUUUAUCCUAAUUGGUGCUUAGGCUGUAUUUUAAAGCCUGUUGUCUUAACAUUUUAUAUGAGGAAAAAAAAAAAAGAACCACAGACAUGUUCUGUGUUUGGAGAAGUGACUUGACAAUCAUUUGGGCCUUGAAAGCAGUCCCCAUGGCUUGAUUACGAAUGCCGUCAUAGGGAUCUUGGAGGAACAGGUGUCUCCCGGUGGGGUCACCAGCGGCCUCUUUAAACCCUAGAGAAACUUAACUUGGCGUUUUGCAGGGGGGGAAAAAAAAAAAAAACGUUGCUAAACCUUUUCGCUGCUGGGUUUUGGUGACAUAAUCCACGUGUUUUCUAUUUCUCUGUUGGACGCAUGAAAGGCUUAUAGUGGUCUCUGUUACAAACCCUUAGUCCCGUUUUUAGGCUUCUUGUGUAUUGAAAAAAGUAGCUGUGUGUUGAAACACAAGGUGAUGACAAUCCUUCCUGAGCACACUGGUGCGACGAGACCCCUGAUAAAACUAGAAUAAACAGAAUAAAGUUGCGGCACAAGGAAAAUGAAAAGGCCCACAUUAAGUAAGUCGUUGCCACUGGCCCCUCAGCCAUGACCAUUACAAGGAAAUGAUUCUCCUCCUAAUUUAAUGUGCGGAUAUCCUCCAACAAGAAGAAAAAUGUAGCUUAUACAGCUGGCACAUCAAGAGAGUAUACUAGGCAGAAAGAAGUAUGUUUAUUUUAAAAAAUAAUAAGGGAAAAAAACCUUAUUGCUCUGGAGUGUAAGAACAUAGCUUCCAGUUUUGCUUCAAAACAUGGGCAGGCCAAAUUACUCAUGACUUGGGCAGUAAUACACCCAGUGACAGACAUGAAGGAGGGUGAGGAAGCUGCUGGCCUGGGUGGUGGUUUAGGAGCUGAAAGUGGUCUUGUCAGGGCUCUGAAUCCAGAGCCAUGACUCUUAAGUUUUUGACUUUGCCAAAGUGUAGCUAGAACAUCUUUACCUAAAACUGUUUUAAUCAGGGAGUUCCCAUUGUGGCUCAUUGGGUUAAGAACCUGACUAGUAUCCAAGAGGAUGUAGGUUCGAUCCCUGACCUUGCUCAGUGGGUUAAGAAUCUGGUGUUGCCGUGGCUGUGGCGUAGGCCUGGCAGCUGCAGCUCCGAUUCACACCCUGGCCUGGGAACUUCCAUAUGCUGCAGGUGCAGCCAUAAAAUUGUUUUUUAAAGACCAAAAAAAAAAAAAAAAAAAGUUUUAAUCAGAAGAUUUAAUGUAAGAUGGACAAACUGCAGUUUGUCCCUUGGUCAGCCAGUCAUUGACAGUCAAGCCACCCCAAAUUUAAUUUAUUUGGAGACGCUUCUAGCAGGUGGUGGGUGACCUGCCCAAACCUUCUGUAAGACCGUUCUGGCAACACUGAGAAACCCAAUUGGCUGGCGUGGAUUCUGGCAUCUUCAGGUCCAGCCCAAGUUAGGAAGUGAGGAGCACCUGAGGGUAAAUAAAACCCUGAGGACCUGGUAGCCUUCCAGAAUGAUCCAGAACCCAGGGGAAGACUGACGAUUCCUUUUGGGGGUCUGACUUCAGUUGACUCUUUCUUCAGCCAGUUGCCCUUUCUUGCCUGUUCCACGCUUUCUGCAGCUCUCACACACAUACUUAGCUAUUUUUUAGGUAGCUUCGAAUUCGUGCUAAUGACACCCUGGGAGGGUCAAGUGCCGCAAAUGUUCCUGGGCUGCCUCUGUGCAGCCGGAGUGAAGCACUCCUUUGGACAAAAGGCAACAGAGGACCUGGUGGCUUUGACCCUCCGAGUGGAAUUGUAAAGAGCAGGAAGUUAGGUCUGUGUGCAUGAGCUGGGAGCAUUCAGCACAUUUUUUUUUUUUUUUUUAAAGUGGAGUAGAGACUCUAAAUUUCCCCUUUCUUUUCGUUUUGUUUUGUUUUUUUUUUUUGCUGCAGUGGGGAGCCCUCUCCAUCAUGAACUGUCCACAGCUGCUAUCUCUUCUUUGUAGUUUUGAGACCGGGCAAGCUUGCUCGCAGACUCAGAUGGUUUCUCACUGUAUCCUCUUGUUGGGAAGAGAGAAAUUCGGUGUGGAAGGAGAAAAUGAUUCAGGCAAAGCAUUUGUAAGGCAGAGAUGUAAAUAUUUUGAAGAAUUUAGAAGAUAGCAGAUUAUUAUUUGCUUAUAAAAGAACAGCUAUAAUCUGGGCGUCCCAGAAUGUCAAGCCAAAGGUCUAGAAAGUCAUCUUCUUCAAAGAUUUUAAUAAGGAAGUAUUCUCAGGAGACUUCUGUCCAAAAAAGUGUUUGGCUGGCCUCCAGGUUCCCGUGAUUUUUAAGGAAGCAAUUUAUCACUUAAACCUUGAGUCUCCCAUGUAGUAAAGGCAGAGGAAUGGAUGUAAUAGAUGCUUCUAAGGAUCUCCUGUGGAAGGUGAUGGGAACAGCCUUUCCAGGGAAGAUCACUCCUAGUGUCCAGAGCUAGCAUUCUGGAGACUAAAGAUUGCACUUUUCCUAGUUUUUCGUCCAAAUGCAAUCCCAUUUCUGUGCCUCUUAGCAUGCAGUUAGAUUCCAACAAACAAGAUUCCUAAGGAAUGACUAUUAACUAUAACGUGGUUACAGCUAUCACACACAAACACACACACACACACACACACACACACACCCUUGUUAUAAUUGUACUUCAGAGAUGCUGCGUGUGAUGCUGGCCCAUGGCAGCCUGUCUGAUGCUGUAACUCAGUUGGUGGAGGCCAGGCCUGGAGCUGAAGUGUGGCCUGAACCUUCCCCAUAUCCAUUCGUCACUUUAGAACUGUAAAGACGCCACUUUCUCCUCCUUUGCCCCUUAGUGGUAUCUGAAACAUGCUCCCCAAAGCAAUUUCCUAGUCACAUUGUUAACCAGUACUCUACGAAUAAUUUUCAAGUGGGCAUACAAAAACGUGAAAUGGGAAACCACCAUUCAUCCCAUCCGCCCCCAUAACCCCGCCGUCACCCCAUCCUCCACCCCCAUCCCAAUGCAGGGCAACCUGCAGGUUACACACCCUCAGCCUCAGCCCUGGUCCUUCCUGGCAGUGGGACAGGAUCCAGACCUUUCCUUUAAACCUCAGAGGUAGCAGCAACCUUUUUGGUGUUGAUUUUAGCAAGUGUGUGUUUGCCAGUAGAGACCCAUGUGUACUAACGUGCCAAUGAGUAAAUGUUGACUAAUUGCACAUCUGCUUCCACUGUGUCCCCACGGGCGCUGUGAGGCUCGUGAGCAGCCUCUUCCGGGGGAAUGUAACGCUGCAUUGACUACUGCUAUCAGGAUUGUGUUGUGUGGAAUAAUCAUCUACAUAAAUUUUAUAUGCACAAGUAAUUUCCCUUUUAUAUGUCAGGUAAAUAUUUGUAAAAGUUAUACUCACACAAAUGAAAUUAUUAUAAUGAUUACUAAUAUAUUUUUUCCAUGUUUCAUUGCCUGAAUAAAAACUGUUUACCACUGUUA